GCUGUCAUUCUGCAAAAGCUGCCCAUAGCAAGCUUUCCUCCGAGAAGCAUCACUGUUCCUUUUUAGAAAGGCUGAAUCUAAAUGCCGUCUCUGGAGACAAGAAGCCUUCAAUAUGUUAAAUUACUUUCAUUAUGUAUUUUCAGAUGCUUAUUGAUUCUACAGUAGGAAGAAUGGGAGACUGCAGCAGCUUCUUAAGCAGCACUAGAUGCUGUAUACAUUAGCAGUAUUCUGAAACAAUGGCACAGCAUAGGUACAAAUUUUCAUUAAGGUCAUUUCUUGAAGAAAUGCUUAUGACCCUUUUCCCCCUGUACUCUGCUAAUAAGUGAAAAAAAUGAAUCUCUCCAAACUGGAACUGCUUCACCUGCAUGAAGAAUUUGUCAAAUCCUUAGUGGAGGGCAAGCAUCCUAUUCAAUGUUACUACUGACAAUAUGAAGAAUGCAAUUGAUGGGGCAUCUUUCUAGCUGUAUGAUCUACGAGCUGCAAGAUGUACUUACAUGUUCUUAAGACAUAAAGGACUUUUAAAAACCCCAAAACGUGGAACAGGGUUAUAUUACCACUUAAGUGUGUGACACUUCAACACUGUAUAUACUGAAGACUAGCCAUCUGCUAAGAUUUUCAUGAAAAGAAGAAUACAGUGGUUUAUUCCUAAACAAAAUGAGGAGCAUUUAUUAAAAAUGGAUUUAUAAUUUAAAACAGGAAUUGUGGAAACUACCGAUUCAUGAAGAAACAAUGAAACAUGACUUCCCAAACGGAGACUGUUCAUACUUCACCAGCAAGCCAAGCAAGGCUUUAACCAACCUUUCCCUACACUCCUCGUUAAGUUACCUAUUUGCCAUAAUGACCAAUGCAUAUUUUUCUCUGAAUGUUAUGAUCAAUUAUGUAUUCUCCUUUAAUGAAUAUAAACCAAUUUAAAUAACUUACAGCUUCUAUCAAAGCACAUAAACUGGAUUUUACAAUGUAGAGCAAUUUAUGCGACAAAGCCAGCACUCUAAAGCAAAGAAAAGGAGUACUACAGAAAUGAAUGUGCGACUAAAUAAAGGAUGCUACGUACAUUUUUGGAGCCAAAAAUCAGCUCUCUCUAUUUUUAUUUUCAUUUAUCCUGGAAAAUAAAAGUAUGCUGCCGUAAGAUGCAAAGACAGAAGGAAAUUAGCAUAACUUAAAAGAAGAUCUCUUUUACUGGUGGCUUUAAAAAGGAGAACAAAAAGAAUCCCAACAAAUGACAUGCACUGGUACACAGAAAUACUACGUGCAAUUAAAUCCUUUUGUGUAAUCAACAAAUAUUGCUGCUGAAGUGCUGGAAACAAAAAGAAAGGAAAAAAAGAAAAAACAAAAGGGAAAAGGAUUCUGUAAGGCAUGACAGAGCACAGCUACAACUUGGUUGCCAAGUGAAAAUUCAUGUAAAAAAAAAAUCUGUCAGCGACACCAUGUAUCAAUAUAUGACAAGCUGCUACAGUGAGCUGAAAGGCCCUUGAGGCAACAGAAAACAGGACAAAAGCCAACUGCAACUAAAGAAUGUGUUUCUCCCCCAUUCUGGAAGUCAACAUGCAGUCUGAAUCUAACAUUACAGUUCGAGAUGCCAUUGAUGACAUCAACACCAAUAUGUACCAACCACUGUCAUACCCAUUAAGCUUUCAAGUUUCUCUCACUGGAUUUCUGAUGUUAGAAAUUGUGUUGGGACUUGGCAGCAACCUCACUGUGUUGGUACUUUACUGUAUGAAAUCCAACUUAAUCAAUUCUGUCAGUAACAUUAUUACAAUGAACCUUCAUGUACUUGAUGUAAUAAUUUGUGUGGGAUGUAUUCCUCUAACUAUAGUUAUCCUUCUGCUCUCACUGGAGAGUAACACUGCUCUAAUCUGCUGCUUCCAUGAGGCUUGUGUGUCCUUUGCAAGUGUUUCGACUGCAAUCAACGUUUUUGCUAUCACUUUGGACCGGUAUGAUAUCUCCGUAAAACCUGCAAAUCGAAUACUGACGAUGGGAAGGGCUGUGAUAUUAAUGACGUCAAUAUGGAUUGUCUCUCUUUUCUCCUUCCUUAUCCCUUUCAUUGAAGUCAAUUUUUUCAGUCUUCAAAGUGCAAGUACAUGGGAAAAUAAGACGCUUUUGUGUGUCAGCGCAAACGAAUACCACACCGAACUGGGAAUGUACUACCACCUUCUAGUUCAGAUUCCAAUCUUUUUCUUCACUGUUAUAGUAAUGCUAAUUACGUACACUAAAAUACUCCAGGCUCUUAAUAUUCGAAUUGGCACAAGAUUUACAACAGGGCAAAAGAAAAAAGCUAGAAAGAAAAAAACUAUUUCUUUGACCACACAACAUGAGACUACUGAUGUGUCACAAAGCAGCGGAGGAAGAAAUGUAGUCUUUGGCGUAAGGACUUCAGUUUCAGUAAUAAUCGCCCUACGACGAGCUGUAAAGCGACACCGUGAACGACGGGAAAGGCAAAAGAGAGUCUUCAGAAUGUCCCUCUUGAUUAUUUCAACAUUUCUUCUCUGCUGGACACCAAUUUCUGUUUUAAACACUACAAUUUUAUGUUUGGGCCCAAGUGACCUUUUGGUAAAGUUAAGAUUAUGUUUUCUAGUUAUGGCCUAUGGAACAACCAUAUUUCACCCUCUACUUUAUGCAUUCACUAGACAAAAAUUUCAGAAGGUUCUGAAAAGUAAAAUGAAAAAACGAGUCGUUUCAAUAGUGGAAGCAGAUCCCAUGCCGAAUAACGCUGUAAUACACAACUCAUGGAUAGAGCCUAAAAGGAACAAAAAGAUUACUUUUGAAGACAACGAAGUAAGGCAGAAAUGUUUAGUACCUCAGGUUGUCACUGACUAGAUUUCUGUAUUCACCCAAUCAUCCAAGAGAAAUACAUGAACAAAUUGUAGAAAAUACUGCCAAAUAAGGGAAACUUUUUAAAGUAUUGGCUACACUGUAAAUUUUCAGUAUACAUGUUAAAUAGAGGAGGCCAUGUAUAGUCAAUUUCUUCAUUACUUAAGAUAUAUGUUGCAUGGCAGUUUGUUAGAAUAACAUCAUGUGUAUAUCUGUCAAAAAGAUAUUCUUGUUGAGUCAUAUUUUUUAGAAAAUAAAUAGCCUUAAAGCUGUGUACUCUUUUAAAAACAAAGAUUUGUAUGUCCGAGUCUCUCUGUAAGUAUAAAAACCAAAAAUUUAAAAUAAGCAGUCCACACCAGAAAUACAAACUGUUAGAAAAUGAAGUAAGUUUAAUAACUUGAGUGAUACCAUGUUUUCAAACCUAAUCCAUGGGCUACCUUCAUCAGGAAUAGCCUGCAGCUAUGUGCCACUGGAACUUUAUGAGCUUUUGGAUUUUAUAUUUAGAUGACCUAUUCAUUUUGAAAUUCAUCUAAAAUUUGGUGACUUUGGGUAUGCA